GUAGUAUCAUGCGCCCAGGCAUACAGGAAGGGGAACCAUCUGUGUGUUUUUCUCCAUUUGUAAAUGAGUGACGAUGAAACGACUAACUGUCUCUCUCCUACUUCUCCAAGGUAAGUCCUGUUAAAUUUGGUUAAGUUAUUAUUUAAGAGAGCUGGAUACGCUUAAAUUUGAACAUCUAAAAAUAAAAAAACAAGUUAAAAAAGAUUCAACACAACAAAGUAAGAGACUUCCUGGUUCUAGAAAUAGAACGAGGAUCACUAAUAGACUCUUUGGUGAAGCGUCUGUGAUCUACAGCACCCUAAACUUCCUGAGAAUGAAAGUUAACGUAUAAUCUGUCAAGUUCUUUGGCUUUAUUCCUCAUGGGUUGGGUGUUUUUAUUUUUUAUCCUCAUAUAAAGCCCUCUUCUACCCUCUCCCACCACUAUCUGAACCAUACUGAGCACAUGGUAUGGCAGCGGAGACAGCAAUAUUGAUUUGAUUGAUCUGUUUACUGAAAUAUUUUGACAACUUUAUGCCGAAAUGCAAACAUGUAAACUUGCCAAAUACAACAGGAAACUGGGGUCUUUUUUAGAGGAAACAAAUUUCCAUACAGUGAGUAGUCAAAUUCACAGUUGUAGUUCCUCAAUGAAUAUCUCAGGAUCCAGUUUACUCACAAGAUGAGAGUAUACGGCUCAAACAACCUUAAUUCUGUUUCUUUAUAGUUUAUAGUUACAUAAGUCCCAUAAAAAUAUUUUGCGCUAAGUGUUAAAAAACAAUUUUACUACCAAAUAAGUCCUGUAAGAACAUGAUUUUACAAGAAUUGUAUAUUUGUAAGAAAUUAUUUUAUGUCUUAAUUUGACUGAAAUAUUUCAACCUUUUUUUUUUUAAAUAUAUACCGAAAAUAAUAUUUUUUAAUCUGGCCCUCCUACUCCACUGUAGACCAAAAUUGAGCAGUUUCAAACGCGUGAAGUUAUAUUCUUUCUUAUUAGCAUCUGUAAUUUAUCCGUCGCUGGGGAUAAGCUUCUUUCUUAAAAUGUUAAUUGUCUUCGUUUUAAUUCUCGUUGUAAUAAUGCUUUCACUGUUAUUUAUUUGGUAGCUGUUUGUAGCAUCAGCAAUGCCGAACCUCCCAUUAACAAAAUGGGGUACCUUGGAGGGAACAUCACUCUGCCUUCAGGAGCCGAUCCAACUUGGAAAUUCUCCUCAGUCGAGUGGUCUAUAUUCUCAAAUACCACAUUGAUUGCGACCUAUCACGAUGGCGUAGAAAACACUGAGUGGCUCGAUCGAUAUAAAGGAAGGCUCAGUCUUAACACCACCACAGGUGAGAGACAAACCUUGUUCCUGUCUGCGUCAAAGGGUGAUUAUUUUCUCCUUCUAUGUCGAUGAUACACUUUUAAUGAUUUGUAAUCUCAUUCUUUAGGUGACUUGACGAUUAACCGGUUGACUGAGAAGGAUAACAUGGUGUUCACUGUGGACUUCACCAAUACUGAGAAUAAGGACAGCUCUAACAGAAUCCAUCUUACAGUGAAGAGUAAGGGUCACUCAUUUGGGACAGAAAUGACCUUUAAUUUAUGAAAAUUAACUCACGGUUGUGUUGUCAGAUUUAAGGUGAUAUUUAGCGCAUUUCCAAGUUAGCUAGCGCAACAUAUUUGAUAUUGCUGGAUUCAUUGCGACACUCAGAUUCAAAUGGUAUUAGAGGCUUCAAAACUGAGCCUGGUAUUGCCUUUUAGACACAGCAUAUUUGUUAUUAAGUGAAAUAUUCACCUUUAUAAUUAAAACGUCAACAGUAGCAAAGCAUUGAGCUGUUAGCUUGUAGAGGAUUCAGCUCUUCGAGCAGAUAGAGACGAUGAAAGUGUGUUAGAGGAUAAAGGAUGAAGGAAAUUGGAUGCUGUUGAAAAGUCAUGUUCUGAACAAAAUUAAGAUACUUAUCCACAAAUCUACUAACUAACUUUUAAAAAAAACUCCUUUAGAGCGGCUUCAGCCACCGAAUAUUUGGAUAAUCAGCAAGACGCCAGUCGAAGGCGGCUGUUGGAUUGUUCUGGAUUGUUCUUCAUCAGACAAAGACGUCCACUUCUCCUGGCAGACAAGAUCCUCAAGUGUGGAUGUCUUCAACAAGAUUGAUGCUGAUGGCAACUCUGCAAAUCUUGUAGUAUUUUUGAACACCACUCACAAUGGUGCUGAAGUCACCUGCAUCUCCAGCAGUCAUAUGAGAAACAGCUCAAAUGUCGUUGCUUUAAAGUGUGAUGGUGAGUUUAUAGUGGACUCCACAUAUACAUACAUGCUACUAUGGUGCCACAAACUCAACUUCAGUAUUUCUGAAUUAUUUUUCUUAUUUUUUUUUGUUUUAGACGUCAAACCACCCCCACCAAGGUGUCAUGACAUUUCAUUUUUUUGGGUUGGAUUCUUUGUGGGAUUUCUUUGUUUACCAUUCAUCUACUUUCUCAAAGGUAAGACUAAACCAUUAUUUCAGCGCCCAUGAGGAGUUUUUUUAAUAGAUGAAAUGUUCUGAAAUGAAUAUUAAGGUUUUAAUAUAAUGAUUUAUGACCUUCAAAAACAAAUAAGACCACCAGUGACAAGAUUGACGUUUUAUUUUAAUUUUUAAUGCCUGAAACCAGAACUAGGGGUAGGUGUCAGCCAAGCAGGUGAAGGAACAACCUUGUUUUUACAGUUUCCAUGUAAAAUAUUUACAAUAAAUGACGCAUUUGACUGUCAAAAGUUGGUAACUUCAGAUUUUUUUCAGUGAAAAGUGAUUUGAUAAGCAUACAGAGGACACAGACAGUAAUUUGGGGACCUCUGUCUCACUUUGACUUGUAAGAAAAGAAACAUGCUAAUGACCAUAUUUUUUAAAAAUGUCAGAAUUCUGAAGUUUUUUAAAAUUAUUAUCAUUAUUAUGUUUUCGUGAAGAAAGUUCUAAACAAAAAAAUUAAUAAAAUAAAAAAUCCUAUUGUUUCUAUUUUUCAAAGUGGCCCUGAUCCCCAUCUUUAGGCCACAAAUCGAGACCUAUGAGGCCAUUUUUGUUUGUUUUUCUGUCUCUUGCUCUUUGAUCAGCCAAAGUUAUUCCGGUGGUUUCAUCAAUGUAUUUCAAUAAUCUUUGUUUUACAGUUAAACUGUGUCCAGAUCAAGAAACAUUAUAACCCAAAAGGUAAGUUUGUUUCUGUUUAAAUGUCUGAGGGUUUAGGGGGUUAAAACUUACACAAUGUUAAGUUUUCGUGAUAAAACAGUUUAUCUCCCUCCCUACAGUCAGCUGGAGAAGACUCUGAAGUUUCAAAAAGACAGAAGGAUAAAACAAAAGAAUGAAGGUGUCUGCAGUGUUUGGUGCUCUGACUUGGAAUAACCGUCUCUGAAAACAGUGUGCUGCUUUUCUAUUUAUUAAAACGAGGUACAUGAGCAUCUGUUGAGGCGGGACACAGGAUGAGAACUUUUUAUACUUCCACAAACCAAGACUUUAACAUUAAGAUAAAGUCUUGUGACUUUUUAUUCUGUUAUUUCCACAUUGUAAAUGUGACAAGUGUUCAAGUUAAACACACAUUAACCUUGACAUGUGAAUUUUAGCUCAAGUGUACCACCAACAUCCUCUAAUUUAACUUGACAUUUGUUUUCAAAAUAUGAACAAAACAUAAUAUCACCAUUUUGAUAAAUGGGCUUAUAAAGGGCUGAAUUCAUGUUGAGCGUUACCAGCAUUUCUUAUUAUAAAAGGCUUUUUUAAGGUAAGACCUCAAAACUCAUUUCAAAAAGUUCAAAUGUUUGACUCUUUUUAAUUUUUUUAAUACAAAAAUAAGGUCUGCUUAAUUUGAUGAAACAGGAUGUAUUCUUAUUUAUAGAUAUGUAAAACUGUUGUACACACAGCUGUAAAUAUGCGCUGAAAUUAAACAGUGAUGUGAUGUAAACUAAAAUAUUUUAGUUAAAGAUUGUUUAUGAUUGAUUCUGUGUUUUUCACAUGUAUUUUCUCUGACUGUAUUUGCAUAUUUGUGUUUUUCUUUAAUUUGAUUAAUUUUUUGUUACUUUUUUCACUUUAUGGCACAUUGUAUAUGUCCUACAGUAGUAACACUGUUCAAGGUGCAGAAUGCAUAUCAAUGUCAAUGUGUCAUACCUCAGGAGAGCACACAAGAGAAUAAACUCUUUGAAAUUUG